GGCCCGGCCCGGCCCGACCCCGCGCUCCGGGCGCUCGUGGCCCUGGGCCGCGGCCUCCGCGCCUGCGGGCGCUGCUCGGGGAGCGCCCCGGGCCCGACCGGCCGGAGGAGUUCCGGGGGUUCCUCCCCGAGGAGCUGGAGAUGCCCCUCCCCCCACGGCGCUCCCGCAGAGGUUCCCGGCUCCCCUCUGGCUCCGCCCCCUCCCCGCCCCACGUGGUGGGCGUGGCCUCCUCGCCAUCGCCCCGCCCACCCCGCCUCAAGCCCCGCCCCCGCCUCUGCCUGCUGCGCUUCAGGGGCGGAGUCUGGCGGAGGGGGCGUGGCAGAGGGGGCGGAGCUUCCAGCGCUGACCCCACCCCCCGCGGCAGAGGGGGCGGGGCCAGGAGCCGCAGCGGCAGUGGGCGGGGCUUGCGGCGGCAGUUCGUGAUGCCAUUGGUCAGCGCUCGUUCGGCUCGGCCAAUCAGGCCCCCGCGGCGCUUUGCGGACACGCCCACCCCGGAAGUGACCGGCGGGAGCGCCAGGGACGGCCAGGAGCCCCAAAACCCCCCAAAAUUCACCCCAAACCCCCCAAAAUUCACCCAAACCCCCCAAAAUCGGCACCAAACCCACCAAAAUCCACCCGGGACCCCCUUGGGGACAGCCAGGGCCUCCUUGGGGACACUCGGGACCCCCUAAAAUCCACCUGGGACCCCCUUGGGGACCCCCAAAACUCCCCAAAAUCUGCCCAGGACCCCCCAAAAUCCACCCGGGACCCCCUUGGGGACAUUUGGGAUCCCCUUGGAGACACCCAAGACCCCCCAAAAUCUGCCCCAAA